AUGUUUGCCCGUCGCUGCGCCCGCCUAGUCUCCUCACAGACAUCCGUGCCCCUGAAUUCGUUUCUUUCCCGUGCACGGCCCUACUCGAUCAACUCAUAUGAACACAUCCUCACCUCGAGCCCGAAACCUGGCGUUGGUUUAAUUACUCUCAAUCGACCAAAGGCUCUAAAUGCACUUUGCAGCCCUCUAUUCACCGAGCUGAAUGAUGCGUUGAGCAAAUAUGACGAGGAUAAGGGUAUCGGCGCUAUAAUCAUCACUGGAAAUGAGAAAGCUUUUCCGGAGCCGACAUCAAAGAAAUGGCCCCCCCUCACCUUCUCCUCCGCAUACACAAACAACUUCAUUGCCCCCUGGUCCCACCUCGCAAACAAUAUCCGCAAACCCGUUAUCGCCGCUGUAUCAGGAUACGCUCUUGGCGGUGGCUGUGAGCUCGCACUCAUGUGUGACAUCAUCUACUGUACUAGCAAUGCGACCUUCGGACAACCUGAGAUCAAGCUAGGCGUUAUCCCCGGCGCCGGUGGUUCGCAGCGUCUUACGCGAGCUGUUGGGAAGAGCAAGGCUAUGGAGUUAAUUCUGACUGGAAAGAACUUUAGUGGGAAGCAGGCUGGGGAGUGGGGUGUUGCGGCGGAGGUGGUCGAUGGUGGUCAUGCUGAGCUUUUGGAUGUUGCGCUUAAGACGGCUGAGACUAUUGCCGGAUAUAGUCGUGUGGCGACUGUUGCGGCGAAGGAGGUUGUUAAUAAGAGUCAGGAACUUUCUUUGAGGGAGGGGAUUGAGUAUGAGAGAAGACUAUUCCAUGGACUGUUUGGGAGUCAGGAUCAGAAGAUUGGUAUGACUGCUUUUGCUGAGAAGAAGAAGCCUGAGUGGUCGCAUGAGUAA